AUAGUAGCUGUACACAAAGUGAACGCAAAAGAGAAUUCAGUCAAAAGUGUUCCGACAUGGUCGCUAUGUUCAAACAAGAAUACCAUGAUCAUAGUAUGAGUAAUGAAUACAGUUACUCUCGUGGUCGACCACCGACAGAAUCUAUUUCUCGCAUCGCCGACUGGGAUAUCAACGACUCAAUUAUACCAAAUGUGAGCAGUUUCAAUCACUGGGAAGAAUGGGCUGAUGGCCAUUGUCGCCUGGUGUACCCGUCGAAUUGUGAGGAGGCCAAGAGACACGCUUCUGGAUGGGCAAUGAGGAAUACAAACAACCAUAAUGUGCACAUCUUGAAGAAAUCUUGUCUAGGUGUCCUCCUGUGUUCUAGAAGGUGCGUACUACCAAAUGGCGAUACAGUCCACCUAAGACCAGCCAUAUGCGACAAGGCCAGGAAAAAGCAACAAGGUAAACCCUGUCCAAACCGCCAAUGCAGUGGGCACUUGGAAAUAAUGCCCUGUCGUGGACACUGUGGCUACCCGGUCACUCAUUUCUGGAGACACACCGAACAUGCCAUUUUUUUUCAAGCAAAAGGUGUGCAUGAUCAUUUAAGGCCGGAAGCCAAAUCAACUUCAGAAGCCCGGAAAAGUUUAAAAAUCAGGAACUUUGGUAUGUUAGUGUCAAGAGAUGUUUUAUUCAACAACGGCAAGACUUCAACUUCAAGGAAACAAAAGUCAGUAAACACUCGUAAGAACUAUUUAAGUGUUCAACCCGCCCGAGUAGUUCCUGAUAAUCAAAAUAUAAACCCUAACUGUUCGUGUUUACCACACUGCUGUGUAUGUAACCGCCUCGAGCUACCCGCAACGACCGCCGACACGGGGAUGCCGCAACCGUACGCUUUUGGCGGCGACAACUGGUCGUCGGGUAUGCAACAAUUCACCCGUUUACCGCCGCCCGCCGACCCGUCACCCAUCGACGAUUUUGCUGCCGCGCUUUGGGUCCCGAGGCGUUCGGUCAGCCACAGCCGUGCGCCGCUCUGGCCAACGAUGUGUUCCAAGACGGCCACGACCCGUCGUCGUACACCAACAAGUCACCUACCACUAUGCUGGACCUGGGCCAAUGAUGUCGGUUUGGCCAGCCCAAUCGACUUCAUCGGGGCAAACGCCGACGCGCUGACCGACGCGUCUGUUGACUUCAUGGUGUUGGAUCCCUCGAAAAUGUUAAACAAUAACAAUAAUGACUAUUACAUGGACCCUUAUUGCGCCGGUAUCGCCGUCGAGUCUUCCAGCGACUAUAGCGACUUUUCGCUGAAUUGGUCUCAGUAA